AUGACGAACGCGCUGUACGAUGUGCUAGUGAUCGGGGCGGGCCCGUCCGCCUACACGGCGGCCCUGUACGCUGCUCGCAACAACCGGAAGGUGCUCGUGUGCCACGGCAUGGGCCCCUCGGGCCAGCUCAGCUCCACCAAGGAGGUCGAGAACUUCCCGUCCUACCCGGACGGCAUCAUGGGCCCCGACCUCGUCUACCGCUGCUACGAACAGGCGACGAAGUGCGGCGCGGAGACGAAGGACGCGAUGGUGACGAGGCUGCGCAAGGAGGCGGACGGGAGCUUCGCGGUGACGGCGGAGCCGACGGACGGGACGGCGGCCGUGGAGCUGCAGGCGCGCACGGUGAUCGUGGCGUCCGGCGCGGACGCCCGCCGCCUGGGCUGUCCGGGCGAGGAGCAGUACUGGACCAAGGGGGUGUCGGCGUGCGCGGUGUGCGACGGGGCGCUGCCGAUCUUCCGCAACAAGCCGGUCCUGGUGAUCGGCGGCGGCGACACGGCGAUGGAGGAGGCCAUGCACAUGACGCGCUACGCGUCGAAGACGUACGUGGUGCACCGGCGGGACCAGUUCCGCGCGUCGGCGGUGAUGCAGAAGCGCGUGCUGGGCAGCGAGAAGAUCGAGGUGGUGUGGGACUCGGUGCUGGAGGAGAUCUGCGGCGACGGCAACCUGUGCAAGAGCGCCAAGGUGAAGAACGUGAAGACGGGCGAGGUGACGGAGAUCGAGUGCGCGGGGGUGUUUUUCGCCAUCGGACACACCCCCAACACGCAGUUCCUCCGGGACUCCGGCGCGGAGUUCGCCAAGGUCCUCGACAGCGAGGCCGGGCACAUGAUCGUCCAGCCCGGCACCUCCAUCACGGCCGUGGACGGCCUCUUUGCCUCGGGCGACGUCGCGGACAAGCGCUACCGGCAAGCGAUCACCGCCGCCGGCUCGGGCUGCAUGGGCGCGCUCGACGCCGAGCACUACCUCAGCGCGCGCGACUGA